AUGACCAAGAAAGGCGCCAGGCACUCGCUGGGGACUACUGAUGCUGUGGAGUAUGCUGCACAGGUGGAAGCUGCGGCGGCUGCGGCGGCUGCAGGGGCAGCGGCGGCAGCAGAGGCGUCCGGUGCGCGCACUACGUCAUCGCUGGGGUCUGGAGACUGGCUUGCUGGUGCAGGGACAACUGGCGAGCCGGAACAAGUCCACGUUGCGCUCACCGGCUUCCCGCAUGCCCUCCGCGUCAUGUGGGUCACCUUUGGUGGCGCGGGCGCAGGCGCAGAGGCUGCGUGGGGCACGGCGCCGGGCGUCCUGGCUGCUACCGCCCGGGCCAAUGCAUCGACAUACGACGUUGGCAUUCUCGGCGGCUGGCACGGCACCAUUCACACCGUAGACAUGGUCUUUCCUUCCCACCUGCCCCCACGGACGACGGUCUACUACGCGGUCUCGGGCACCUGCCCCACCGCCUGCUGGUCGCCGGUCUUUUCAGUCGCGCUACCGGCGGCGAUCGGAAUGGAGACGGCAACCACGCUCGCACUGUGGGGUGACAUGGGGACGGUCAUUCCUGACGGCUGGCGUGUUGCCGCCGAUGUGGCUGCCGCGGCCCGUCGCGCGGAUGGGGCCUGGAACGCUAUGCACAUUGUCGGCGACUUGGCGUACGCCGGCAUGGGCGCCCACGAUGCUUGGCAACCGAUCUGGGACAUGUUUGGCCGCCAGAUGCAAGACGCCGCAGUCCAGGUGCCGCUCAUGGUUUCGGUCGGCAACCACGAGGAGUACUACGACUUUGAGGCCUACGUCAAGCGCUUCUCGGCUCCGGGAGCCGUCCUCACUCCUGGCGCCAACCGCCACUUCUGGUACUCGUACGAGGUCGGCAACAUCCAUGUCACCUCGAUGUCGACUGAGCACCCAUACCUACCGGGCACGCCGCAAUACGCCUGGCUCGCCGCCGAUCUCAAGGCUGUUGACCGCCGCCGCACCCCGUGGCUUGUCCUCGUCUCGCACCGUCCGUUUCUUGCCUCGGACGCCUUUGAGCACACCGCCCACAUCCCCGGCGCACCGCUAGUUGACUCUGUCGGCCGACUUGCGGCUGCGGCCGGUGUUGAUCUUGUUGUCUCGGGCCAUUGUCACGUGUACGAGCGGACGCUGCCGACGCUCCCGUCGGGCGCCGUCACCUCGCACGGCGCCGCCAACGGGACCGUCUUCCACGCCCCGGGCGCGCCCAUCUGGAUCGUCGCCGGUACCGGCGGCGCCAUCUACCCAGACUCGUGGGUCGUCCCCAUUCCACCUUGGUCCGCCGUUCGCAUCCACAAGCUCGGCGACGACAUCGUGUACGGCUACGGCGUCGUCUCCACAAACGCCACUGCGCUCGAGUGGACCCUUCAUCGCGCCGCCCACUCCAGCUACCCCGGCGGCCCCAGCCACAUCCUCGACCGCUUCACACUCAUCCGGUGA